UGAGUGCGCUGAAAUGCAAGGGUUCAACGAAUUUCCCAUCGGCCAGUUUUUGGUGAAAGCUAAAUGCGAAAGGGGGUUCGGGUGAAAAAAAAGAGUCACUUUCCGAAUCUCUUUCUUCUGAGUUGGCCUUUCAUACCCCAACAACGUCUUCAUUUUUUAGCACUGGUCUCCCUCAAGAUCCUGUACUGCCACAAAGCUCCUACUUGCUUAAGUUGCUGGGAGCGAUUUGUGCGUAGGGUUGUAAUCCUGCUCCAACAAAACCGAAGUUGCGAUUCAUCCCAAUAUCACUCACCAUGGCAGAGGCUGCCACCAACACAGCUGCUCCGGCGGUCAGGCCUACAAAGCCUGAUGAGGCCGCUUACAAGGAGAAGCUGGCUCAGGCCGAGAAGGAACACUCGGAUGUCAUGACCAAAUACAAUGCCAUCAAGGCCAAAAUCGACAUCGCUCAGCCCAACAAGAACAAGGACGCCCCGAACCCCACGCAGAAGCGCCGCCAAGAACUGAUUGCACAAGCCAACGAGAUCCGUCAGAAGCAGGCCGGAGGCAAGAAUGCACGCCAGACCAAGCAGGACCAGAUCAAGCGCCUUGACGAGCAGCUCCGUAGCCGCAUCGCUGAGCAGAAGAAUGCUCGUGGAAAGGUCAACUUCAAGAGCGUCGAGGAGGUGGACCGCGAGAUCUCCCGCCUCGAGAAGCAGAUCGAGGGCGGCACCAUGAGGAUUGUGGACGAGAAGAAGGCACUCGACGAGAUGUCCAACCUCAGGAAGCUCCGCAAGAACUUUGCUCAGUUCGACAACCAGCAAAAGGAGAUUGACGACCUUCGCAACAAGAUCAAGGAGGUUAAGGACAGCAUGGACAACCCAGAGCAGAAGGCACUCAGCGAACAGUACAACAAGAUUCAGGCCGAGAUAGACGUCAUCAAGGCCGAGCAGGACGAAGCAUACAAGGGUCUUUCCAGCCUCCGCGACGAGCGCACCAAGCUCCAGAACGAGCAGCGCGAGAAGUUUGAGGCCAUCCGCAAGAUCAAGGACGAGUACUACGCGCAAAAGAAGGCCUACUCCAACUUCGAGUGGGAGGCCAAGCAAAAGGCCAGGGAGCGGAGGAAGGCCGAGGACGCAAAGAGGGCUCAGGAGUUCAAGAUGGAGCGCGCCAAGAAGAUGCUUGCCGAGGCCAGUGACCCUGCUUACCUCGAGGAGAUUCGCCGCGCCAACAGCUUGAUCCGUUUCUUCGACCCUUCGCACCAGGGGGAGACCAGGGCACCGCUCCUGGCCAGCAGUGGUCUUUCCGCCGAGGCUACGCGCAAGGUUGACGACUCUGGCCUCAAGGGAACUCGCCUGAUGAGCAAGAAGGACCGCGAUGAUGAGUACGCCCCGGCCGUCAAGAAGGGCAAGAAGGGAAAGAAGACCAACGCUGCUCCGGAUGCCGCUGCCUCUGGAAAGUUCAGCUGCCCGCCAUCCGUCAUGGAAGACUGCGCUUUCAUGGGUAUCGAACCACCCAUGAGCGCUGCCGAUGUUCCUGCUGUCCUUGAGAAAGCCAAGGCGAAGCUCGAGCACUGGAAGUCUGACCAAGCUGCUCAGACUCAGAAGAACAUUGACAAGGCAAAGAAGGAGAUUGAGAAGAUAGAGGCUGAAGAGGCUGCUGGCCAUGAUGCCAACGGUGACAGCAAAGAGGACAAGGCUGUCGCAGGCGUGACCUCUGACCUCAAAGAGACUGCAAUUGAGGACAAGAAAGAUGAGGAGACCAAGGCAUAACUGUCCUGCUUCUCAGAUGACGCAAACUGCAGAACCGAAAAACUAAACUGACCCCGUGUCAUGAUGGCUCAAAAAGGUCGUAUGACAUUCACGCUGCACUGGCUAUUUCCCUUCAUAAUUUCGCACCUGGGAGUAUCAAAAUGGCUUUCGAUAAUUUUGUGCUAUAUAGCGUGUGUUUUUUAAGUACCUCUAUUAUUAUUAUUCAAUUCGGAGG